AUGGAUAGUGCUAUGGCAAAGGCCAACAUGAAGCAUAGUUCAUGUGUUUGUGAUAAUGACUCUAUGAGCAUCUUUGGAGAUUGUCCUAGCAAUGAGCUUUUAGAGUUAUUCAAAUCAAAGAAACAUGCUAGAAUUUUUGUACAUAUGCUGAAAUCUUUAGAGCGUAGGAAUCAUGAUAUUCAUAAUAGCUUGUGUGAGUCGAAUUCCCUAAUUGCUAAAUAUAAGAGAAGGAAUAGACAUUUGUGUGAUAAACUUGACUGUUUGAAAAGAAAGCUUCACUCAUCUAUGAAUGAAGUAAAGGAAGAUGAGUCUUGCUUUAAUGGUCAAGAAUGCUUAUCUCAUGCUUGUCUUUUUGUUUAUACUGCAUUGAAAGUGUUUAAUUCGUAUUUGUGGUAUCUUGACAACGGAUAUUCAAGGCACAUGACCGGAGAUAAAACACUAUUCAAAACUCUUAAGGAGAAGGAAGACGGUUUUGUGACUUUUGGUGAUGGUAGUCACUCACAAGUUCUUGGAACAAGAACCGUUGAUAUUUUGGGACUUCCCUUAUUGACCGAUGUUCUUUACAUCAAAGGAAUAAAAGUGAACUUGCUGAGUAUCACCCAAAUAUGCGAUGAAGACUUCCUAGUUCAAUUCUCAAAGAAAGGUUGUCAAAUUCUCAAUGAAGAAGGUGUUCAAGUAUUGAAGGGACUUAAGACCAUUGACAAUUGCUAUGGUGUUAUUCCCAAGCCAAACAUAUCAUGUCGAAGUGCUUAA